AAUUUUUUAAGUAGUGCAAUCAUCUCCUAUUCGAUAUAUAAACAAAAACAAUGUCUGACGGCGAAGAAGAUCAAACCGCAAUUGUCUGCGACAAUGGAUCAGGAUUGGUAAAAUCUGGAUUUGCUGGAGACGACGCACCAAGGGCUGUGUUUCCUUCUAUUGUGGGAAGACCAAGACAUCAAGGUGUAAUGGUAGGAAUGGGUCAAAAAGACAGCUACGUCGGAGAUGAAGCUCAAAGUAAAAGAGGAAUACUCACUCUCAAGUAUCCGAUUGAACAUGGAAUAAUUACUAAUUGGGACGACAUGGAAAAGAUCUGGCAUCAUACAAUGUACAACGAACUGCGUGUAGCUCCCGAGGAACAUCCAACGCUUCUGACUGAAGCUCCAUUGAAUCCAAAAGCAAACAGAGAAAAAAUGACACAAAUUAUGUUUGAAACAUUCAACGUUCCAGCAAUGUACGUCGCUAUUCAAGCUGUUUUGUCUUUAUAUGCAUCCGGCAGAACUACGGGCAUCGUUAUGGAUGCAGGCGAUGGUGUUUCACAUAAUGUGCCAAUCUACGAAGGUUAUGCACUACCUCACGCCAUUGCUAGAUUGGAUUUGGCUGGUCGUGAUCUCACUGACUAUUUAAUGAAAAUUCUGACUGAGAGAGGAUAUUCUUUCGUUACGACUGCAGAACGUGAAAUCGUUCGUGAUAUUAAAGAAAAACUGUGUUAUGUUGCUCUUGACUUUGAACAAGAAAUGGCAACAGCUGCUUCUUCAACAUCACUCGAGAAAAGUUACGAACUACCUGAUGGACAAGUCAUCACUAUCGGAAACGAGAGAUUCAGAUGCCCAGAAACUCUUUUUCAACCUUCUUUUAUUGGUAUGGAAUCUGCCGGUAUACAUGAAACAACAUAUAAUUCUAUUAUGAAAUGCGAUAUUGACAUUCGUAAGGACUUGUACGCCAACAAUGUUCUUUCUGGAGGAACUACAAUGUAUCCUGGUAUUGCUGAUCGUAUGCAGAAAGAAAUCACUGCUCUUGCACCAAGUACAAUGAAAAUCAAGAUCAUCGCUCCUCCGGAAAGGAAAUAUUCUGUAUGGAUUGGAGGAUCGAUCUUGGCUUCUCUCUCAACCUUUCAACAAAUGUGGAUUUCAAAGCAAGAAUAUGAUGAAGCUGGUCCUUCGAUUGUUCAUAGAAAAUGCUUUUAAUUUAAUUUGAUUUCCAUUUGUUUUGUUUUUCACUGAUGGCUUCUACGUUUUGAUGUUUCGUUUUAUACUAGAUCAAUCAAGUUUUAAACUCUAAAUGUGUUUAAAAACCAAACGCAGUUACAGUCUUUUUCUACAUGUCUCAUUUGUAAAUAUGAAUUUAUGUUCAAUGCAGAUUCUGCAUUCUACACAAAUUCUACGUUGUAUAACAAUACUCUUGUAAGUAAUAUUUUUUAUGUAUAGUCAAUUGAAUAUUUUACCACAUACGAAAACAGCAGUGCGUUAAUUUAUUUAUGACCUUGCUGGCAAUAAACAAUUUUAUCCAGUCUAAUAUAUCUAAUGUAGCUUGCAUAGAAUUUUAUGAUAUAUAUACUAAAUUACUUCAA